GCGCGCAAGAGAUUAUCUGUUUUAUUUUGUUUUGUUUUGUUUUGGGGGAUCCUUUGAAAACAAGUUUGUGUGCACGAAACGAGACUCUCUUAGUCUUGUUGUUGCUGCUGCUACUGGUCGCGCGUUAUUUAUAAAAAUUUCACAUUUUUGUGUGUUGCGUCUCCUUUCGCAUUCGUUCCGCACGUUUCGUGGACGACGCACGUCUGUCACGAUGAAUUACCUCUUCUGUUUAUCCGCGCUCUUCCUCUGUUCGACGACCUCGACGACGACAAACGCUGAGACCUGCAGGACUCCAAAUGGAGAGACCGCUGAAUGCGUUCCUCUUCACUCGUGCGCCGUCCUUCACGACGCUCUCUACGAUUUAGUGAAGGUAUCGGAUCCGAGCACCGUCGACUUCCUCAGGGAAUCCCAAUGCGGUGGAAGCGGGCAAGAUGAUCCCAAGGUCUGCUGCGGUACGACGGCCGCUUUUCAGACGUUGCGGACGGAGGCGCCGCGACGUCCGCAAUCCGUCGACGUCUCGCUGAGUUCCAGGUUCGGAGAUGUUGGCAGUCCGAUCGCAGGAAGGGACGUCUGCGGUUACAUGGUUGCUCAAGACAGGAUCCUUUCCGGGAUAAUCACGGGGAUCGAUGAGUUCCCUUGGAUGGCUCUGCUGGAGUACGUGAAGAAGUCCGAUGGUACUCGUACAUUUUACUGCGGAGGAUCGUUGAUUGGGAAGAGGUACAUCUUGACCGCAGCCCACUGCGUUUCCGGGAAAACCAUGAACACGCAUCGAUUAAUUAACGUUCGUUUAGGCGAGUGGAACAUCGAGACUGAGGAAGAUUGCAUCAACAAGAAGUCGUUCAAAGAAUGCACCGAUCCUCCAGUGAACGUGGGCAUCGAAAAAGUCAUCGUUCAUCCGAACUACAACGACAGCGUCAAAUCCAACGACAUCGCCCUCAUCAGAUUAAACAGCGACGUUCACUUCUCAGACUUCGUUCGUCCGAUCUGCCUUCCAUCCGAUGACGACUACGCUCGCGUCGGCGAAAAACUCUUCGUCGCAGGAUGGGGAAGGACGGAGACGGCGAAAUCGAGCGCCGUCAAGUUGAAAGUCCAAGUGCCGGUGACGAGUCGCAUCUACUGCAGGAACAAGUUCAGGCAGGCAAACAUCCCGAUAAGGGACGGACAGAUAUGCGCGGGCGGCGAGAAGGGCCGUGAUUCCUGCACGGGCGACAGCGGUGGACCUCUGAUGAAGGGCAAUCCUGAAACCGAGCAGUGGUUCGUCGCAGGAAUCGUCUCGUUCGGUACAACCUGCGGCACAGAAUCCUGGCCUGCCGUCUACACGCACGUCUCCGUCUACAACGAUUGGAUACACAGGAACGUCUACUAAAUCCUCAUUUUCAAACGUGUUCUAAAUCUCAUACAGACUAGCUGAAUCAAGUAACUCAUCGAUAAAUAAACAAUCUCAUUACCAAA